GUAAACUAGAUUGAAUUGUCUGGACGCUGCACCACCGGAAGUACACGUAGAUGUAAAUUCUAUUUCUACGUAGAAGUAAACAUUCUAGAAAAAUAGCAGCUCAUCUGACAGCAAGAACUUAAUAAUACAGAUUGCCGGUGGCCAGAAAAAUUGAACAGUAUAAAAAAAAUGAGGAGCAUUUUGUGUUUAUUCAUUGUGUACAUGUUCAUUACUGUUGCACUGGGGGCAUUUGGAAGUCAUGGGGAUAAAGUUCGACUUACAGAUAUCCAAACCCUUACCUUGAAAAGUGGAAUGAUGACCAAUGCCAGGAGAUCUGCGGCCGUCCCUCAGUUGAAGUGUGUUGGAGGGACAGCCGGUUGUAAUACCUUCAAACCACAAGUUGUACAGUGUUAUAACAGGGGAUCUGAUGGUUAUGAUGUACAGUGGGAGUGUAAAACUGACAUGGACAAUGCUUACCGCUUUGGUUCAGUGGAUGUGAGCUGUGAGGGAUAUGAUUAUCCAGAUGACCCCUAUGUUUUGAGAGGCUCCUGUGGGUUGGAGUACACUAUUGAUCUCACAAAAGAAGGGUACCAACAGCAGCAGAGCGGGGGACACGAUUACUAUGGUGGUCAAUCAUACAGUAGCCCCUAUACUGGUAGUCAGUCCUAUGGAUAUGGACGCAAAGUGGGGUCAAUAUUUAGUGACCUGUUAACACUUGGAGUGGCAGCUCUGAUUAUCUACAUUAUAUAUAAGACGUGUGUAUCAGCUACAGCUGGCUAUGGUGCCAAUAAUGGCUACAGACCCAUGGGAAGUGGUUAUCAACAACCGCCUCCACCAGGCUUCAGAGACGAGUACACACAGCCAGGAUGUGGAACCACUUACGCCCCCGGCACAGGUGGUGCAGGAACUGGUGGAGGAUUUUGGUCAGGAGCUUUCACAGGUGGCAUCCUGGGAUACAUGCUUGGAAACAACAGAAAUAAUUACUAUGCCCCUGGCUAUGCCUCACCCUACACAACAGGCUGGGGGUGGAACAGGAGGGCCUCACCUGGCUGGUUCAGCUCUGGUUCUGGUUCGGGAUUCAGCAUGGGGGGACUGGGAGGAGGUUCCACUGGUACUCGUACAGCUUCAGGAUUUGGAGGCACAAAAAGGAGAUAGAGAACUGAAUGUAGAGAUGCAGGCACUGGUGGAUGUUUGAUCUAGAGAGGAAAUGAGUAUUGAUUUUCUGUGAUAUGGAGAAUACUACGCACUGAAUAUUCAGAUUUAAUUAUUUUGUUGUUUAUAAAUGUUAUAUGUUUCUUUAUAUAAGUUUUUUAUAUGUUGUUUGUGGUGAUUUUAGUGUAUGGUUAUUCUGAGAGCAUGAAAUGUGUGUUUCUGUUACAUUUGUUUUAAGUCACCAUUUUUAAAAAUAUUCUGUACUUGUAUGAUAGAAUUGUAUGGAAGAUGUUGUAUUUGGACUUUUUAUCAUUCAUGUAAAUCUGAGUUACAAGUAUUUCAUUAGUAUUUUUUUUUAUCUCUUGUUAAAGAACAAUCAACAAAGUUAAUCUUAUCCCUGUAGUUGUUUUGUUAGAGUAUGUUUUUAUUAAUAAAAUGUUCCUAUGAUGAUGUCUUUACAUAAUGUAUAAGUUACCUUUUAUACUGUACCUUUUUUUAUAAAAAAUAAUUUCCGAGGUAGUGUUAAAUCAUAUUUGAACUAGUUUACCUAUCAUUUGCAAAUCUUCUGAUUUCUCAAGUAGUCAAGAAAAAUACGCAGAGAUCUUCUCAGCCUAUGUAGCAUUAAUAUUUUAUUUUAAUUGUUAUAAUUUUUCAUUAUGUUUAAACUGCCACAAUAAAAAAAAAUGAUUUUCCUUUCA